AUGGAGAUUGCUAUAAACAUGAUCUAACCAAUUCAAUAAUAGUAAUUGAGGAAUAUCUCAUUAAAUAAUGGUUGGAUUUAAAGAAUUUAAAGUUUUAUGAUGCAAUACUUAUCAAAUAAAUACUUUCAUCCUAAAUCAUAUAUUAAAGGGAGAAUUGUGUAAUGUCAGGAAGGCUAUAAAUAAGGCGGAAAAUCUAUGUGUGAUAGAUUUUGUUGUUCCUUAUGUUUAUCCUGUUUAACAAUUGCGGAUGAGUAUUAUUUUGCAAAAUGCCCUUUUAACUAUUAUUAACAGCCUAUAAGCCUAUAAGAGAUUAAUAAAAGGAGAGUGUUCUGA